ACAAAAACCAUUGGCAAAACUCCAAAACUUGAGCUUUGAAUUCAACUUUCUAUUGUUUAUCUCUCUUCAUUUCUAUAUGAACGGUUAGAGAGAGAGAAAGAGACACGCGUUGCGGAGUUCAGUGUAGGACUUUCUCUGACCUCAGAGUUUUAGAGAGAGAAAGAAAUGGCCGGAAAUGAUUGGAUAAACAGUUAUCUAGAGACGAUUCUGGACGUAGGGCCAGGUCUUGACGAUGUGAAGUCGUCGUUGCUUCUGAGAGAGAGAGGCCAUUUCAGUCCCACUUGCUACUUCGUCGAGGAGGUCAUCACCGGAUUCGAUGAGACCGAUCUCCAUCGCUCCUGGGUUAAGGCAGCGGCGACGAGGAGUCCUCAGGAGAGGAACACCAGAUUGGAGAAUAUGUGCUGGAGGAUUUGGAAUUUGGCUCGCCAGAAGAAGCAGCUUGAGGGAGAAGAAGCCCAAAGGAAGGCUAAACGUCGACUUGAAAGAGAAAGAGGUCGUCGGGAAGCUACUGCUGAUAUGUCUGAAGACUUAUCAGAGGGAGAGAAGGGAGAUGUGGUGGGCGACAUAUCAAGUCAUGGUGAAAGUACUAGGGGCAGAUUACCAAGAAUUAAUUCCGCUGAUGCUAUGGAAACUUGGGCUAGUCAACAAAAGGGGAAAAAGCUAUAUAUUGCAUUAAUAAGGCAAAAGGGGAAGACAUUAUAUUAUUAAUUGGAAAACUAAUUAUGAUUAUGAAUACUGCAUAUUUUUAGUAUAAUAUUACUUGACACAAUAAUGGUCUCUGUAUCUGAUAGAAGCAUUCUAACCAUUCUCUAAACUUGGUUCAACUAGCUGCCGAAGGGAACUUCAUAAGAAAACUAAACAUGACUGAUGGUAACUAAUGAAUAUCUAUCUCUCAUAAGCUAUAAAUAAUGAUCUUUGUUGUGUCUAAUGAUUUUCUAUUGUUUUU